AGACGCGGGCACCGCACACACGCCGCACACCCCCCGCACACACGCACGCCCCCUCGGCGAGGGGAGGGCGCCGGCGAUUGCAGCCCAGGUGCCAGCUCCUCCUCGCCGCGCCGGCCACUGCUGGGCCGGUCCCCGGGACACGGACAGACCUUGCUGGAGCGGCGGCGGCUGGGGGAGAGCCGAGGAGCUGCCCCGCGGAUCCGUCUCCCUCCCCCUCCCUCCCGGAUUACAAGGAAUUGCCUGCUCCUUCCCAGAGGCGAGCGAGGGUUACCCAAAGAGCCAACCUCCUUCGCGCCCCGCGGUCCGAAAGAAUCCCCGUGGACUCUUGAGAAGACAGGGGGGGCUUUCGGGAGCAUGGCAUCGACAGAAGGUGCCAACAAUAUGCCUAAGCAAGUGGAAGUGCGGAUGCAUGAAAGUCAUCUGAGUCCAGUGGAGCCCAGGUCCAGGAACAUAUGUGUGCAGUUCUGCCAGUCCCUGCACAGGAACCUGCUCCUCACUCUGACUGUCUUUGGUGUCAUCCUGGGGGCAGUGUGUGGUGGCCUUCUUCGGCUAGCAACGCCGAUUGAUCCUGACAUCAUCAUGCUAAUAGCCUUCCCAGGAGAUAUACUCAUGAGGAUGCUAAAAAUGCUGAUCCUCCCUUUAAUUAUCUCCAGUUUAAUCACAGGCCUGUCUGGUUUGGAUGCUAAAGCCAGCGGCCGCUUGGGUACCCGAGCCAUGAUCUACUACAUGUCCACCACCAUCAUUGCUGCUGUGCUGGGUGUGAUCCUGGUCUUAGCCAUCCAUCCAGGCAAUCCCAAACUCAAGAAGCAGCUGGGCCAAGGGAAGAAGAAUGAUGAAGUCUCCAGCCUGGAUGCUUUCCUGGACCUGAUCCGAAACCUGUUCCCUGAGAAUCUGGUCCAAGCAUGCUUUCAGCAGAUCCAAACUGUCACCAAGAAGGUGCUGGUGCCACCCCUCAUGGAAGAGCCACCCAAUGUCACCGACUCUGCUUUCGCCCUGCUGAACGAGACGGUGCGUGAGGCGCCAGAGGCCCAGCUGGUGAUCAAGAAGGGCCUGGAGUUCAAGGAUGGCAUGAAUGUGCUGGGUUUGAUAGGAUUCUUCAUUGCUUUUGGCAUUGCUAUGGGGAAAAUGGGAGAGCAGGCCAAGAUGAUGGUGGAUUUCUUCAACAUCCUGAAUGAGAUUGUUAUGAAGUUAGUAACCAUGAUCAUGUGGUAUUCUCCUUUGGGCAUUGCUUGCCUCAUCUGUGGGAAAAUCAUUGCCAUCAAGGACUUGGAGGUAGUUGCCAGGCAGCUUGGCAUGUACAUGGUCACUGUGAUCGUGGGCCUUGUCAUCCAUGGAGGGAUCUUCCUGCCUCUGCUCUACUUUGUCAUUACAAGGAAAAGCCCCUUUUCCUUCCUUGCUGGGAUUUUCCAGGCAUGGAUUACAGCACUGGGCACAGCUUCCAGUGCCGGGACGCUGCCGGUGACCUUCCGCUGCCUGGAGGAGAACCUGGGCAUCGACAAGCGCGUCACGCGGUUCGUGCUGCCCGUGGGGGCCACCAUCAACAUGGACGGCACCGCUCUCUACGAGGCGGUGGCCGCCAUCUUCAUCGCUCAGAUGAACGGCAUCGAGCUGGACGGCGGCCAGAUCGUCACCGUGAGCUUGACUGCCACCCUGGCCAGCGUUGGAGCUGCCAGCAUCCCCAGUGCUGGCCUGGUCACCAUGCUGCUGAUCCUCACUGCAGUGGGUCUCCCUACCCAGGACAUCAGUUUGCUUGUUGCUGUUGACUGGCUUUUGGACCGGAUGCGGACGUCGGUCAACGUGGUGGGGGACUCCUUUGGCGCCGGCAUUGUCUACCACCUCUCCAAGGCAGAGCUGGACAGCAUCGAUUCCCAUCACAAAGGGCACGAAGACAUCGAAAUGACCAAGACUCAGUCCCUCUACGACGACAUGAAAAACCAUAGGGAAAACAACUCAAACCAGUGCGUUUUUGCAGCUCACAACUCAGUCAUAGUAGAUGAGUGCAAGGUCACACUGGCAACCAAUGGCAAAUCUGCAGACUUCAGUGUUGUUGAAGAAGAGCCUUGGAAGCGUGAAAACUAAAGGAAGAGAUUCCUAGCUCCACCUUUAAUAAGCCCUGAAGCUCUCUCCUGGCAAAAGAUAUCAGCAUUAAAGAAGAUCUCUCUCUCUCUCUCUCUUUUUUUUUUUCAGUUCUGUUUUGGUUUUGGUUUUGUUUCCUGUUUAACAGCUACAGUUUCUGCUUCCUUAAUUCCUUAACUGAAACUUAGCAAAGAUGUCACCGAGCUCCUGUAGUGUCUUUGCCAAGCUGCGCUCCGUCCCCAGCCGUCUCCCUGGCGCUGCUGCAUGGAUGGUGCAGCUGCAGAGUGCUCCAGGCAGUGCCCUGUGCUUUCCCCCUGCCUCCCCAUCUCGGUCCAGACACAGAGAAUGUAAAAUGCUGCAAAUGGGAAGAUCCAAGUGCCAGCACAGUUCACUGCAGGGACUCAGGGUCACAGACACGAGAGAAGCACACCACCACUAAGCCUUCGAGUGUUCUGCUGACUCCUGUGGCGCUCCCGGGCUGUUUAGCACCCUGUGGUUGAAGCAUCUUUUGGCAAUGCCCACGAAGGUUUCUGUUUGUUCUCAUAAAAACAAGCACUGUAUUUCUGUGCCUAGCUGUACUUUGAUCUGAAGUUAGGUCCAGGGGCAAGGUGAAUGCACAGCAGUCAGUAAGUGCAAGCAGGUGUUUUGUCAGGUCAGUACAACUAACACUUCAGCAUCCAGACAAGACCUUAGAGGUCUGUGUGGACUUGAUGGGUCUUGACCAGCUGUCCCAGGGCAGGUGCAGCCCUUCUUUUGUGAGGGGGCUGUGCAGCUUUGGGACCACAAUGCAUCAGAUAGUACCAGGCAGUGUUGCUGCAGGGGCCGGGAGCUAUGCCUGAUGUACAAAGCACAGAGCACCGUGGGCUGAAGUGAUGCCAUUCUUAAUCAAAUGAAGGCAGCACCUUACUGUUGCUCCUGCUUCGCUGGUGUCAGGGGUGGACAGGACUACUCAAGUAAGGUACUACCAAGGUUGAUCAUGGAUGGCAUGACUGGGGACUUGAUAAUGAGCUAUAAACAAAUUCUGAAGCCAUUACUCUAAGAAACUGGGAGUAUCUGAAUGUGGUCAUCAGUAGCAUGGAAUAGGAAGUGGAAGCCACCUUUCAAGUAUGUCCUGAAUGCUUUGCUAAGCCUACUUCCAGAGAAGGGUCAUAGAAUUUGGCCAGGGUUGGGACUGAUGGAUUAACCAACCAGAAUGUCAGGAUGAGUAGGUGAGUACAUUCCAUCUACACCACUCUCUCCUCUUGCAGAGUAGCAAUUCAUCUCUAACCCAGAAGAGCAUUUCUUAGAGCACAUGGUGUCUGAAUUGCCAGCCUAGUGUUUUGGUGGCGUAGUGUAACUGACUCACCUGGCAAGAAGAAAUUGCAGCCACAGUAACCACCCUGCAAAGGGUUUUUAAAGGUGCUUGGUAGCCCCCAGCAGUUUUAAGACACUGGUCAAUGCCAUUGUACUAUUAGCAACGUUCUGUAGCAAAGCUGAGCCACGUGGCCUUGGGAGGCUCUGCCCACACACAUCCAGCUUCGUGGGGCUUUUUGGGGGUAGCUCUCAGAGGUUCUCAGAAUGAGUCAGAAUGUGAAGGUGUGGUGAACUUUAAAAUGGCAAAAACCAGAGCUUGAAGCACUGACAGAAACAGGCUGUGUGGUGGCAGCGCUCAGGCCUGCCAUGGGGUUCAACGGGAGCCGUGUGUGUUUCGCUGCAGAGGGGCUCUUGGCUCCACUGAAGCUCUUGAGAUACGAAUAUAAUCUGCUUUUGCUCAUCUGCAUGCCUAGAAAUGCAUCUGAAAAUGCACAGGGACCUGAGCCAGUAGCCAAGGCUGCUUGGAUGAGUCAUGAUGUGCACGAUCAAGCCCGUGGUCAGAGCAUCCCUCACCGAAGCGUUCGGGCUGCUGGGAUGUUCCCUUGCCUCGCUUCUGUGCCAUGGCUCCAACCCUCAGCAAACAGCCUGUGAAUGGAACAAACACUGAGCCACUGGCAAUCCUUUCUGCAGACCUUUCACCUGUGCUAGAGGUGGAGACCUUUUCCAGAGGCCUCCUGAAGCAUCUCAAAGGAUCCUGAAGGAUUUUCCUUUGCGAGGGCAGGAGUUGUAAGCUAGUCACAGAGGUGGUGGGCAGGCUGUCUUCUCCUGUCUUUGGUCACUGCUAUGAGUGCAUCCAGAGUUCACCUCCAGCUAGCUGCCGCCGC